CGCGCUGCAGCCGGGGAGGUGGAGCCGCUUUAUCGGGAGCCCAAGUGGAAAUUUCCCCGUCAGUAGCCGGCUCCGCCGCGGAGGGAGCACCAGCGAGGGCCGCCUACUCUCGUGUCCUCGUGUCUCGCCGCGUCCUGCCCGCUGUCAUGUCCAACUACAUCCACGUCCCGCCUGGCUCGCCGGAGGUGCCCAAGCUGGACAUCACGGUCAGCGAGCGGGAGGGGCCCGGCUACCGCCAGGGCGCCCUGCAGCUCCUGCGCCGGCUGCGCCCGCACUGGAGACCCGAGGAGGUGACGCUGCAGCUCUUCACCGACGGGAUCACCAAUAAGUUGAUUGGCUGCUACGUGGGCGACACGAGGGACGACGUGGUGCUGGUUCGCAUCUACGGCAACAAGACGGAGCUGCUGGUGGACCGCGACGAGGAGGUGAAGAGCUUCCGCGUGCUGCAGGCCCACGGCUGUGCCCCCCAGCUCUACUGCACCUUCAACAACGGCCUGUGCUACGAGUUCAUGCAGGGAGAGGCCCUGGAUCCAGAGCACGUCUGCAAUCCUGACAUUUUCAGACUCAUUGCUAGACAGCUUGCUAAAAUCCAUACUAUUCAUGCACACAAUGGAUGGAUCCCUAAAUCUAAUUUGUGGCUGAAAAUGGGGAAAUACUUCUCCCUCAUACCCACAGAAUUUGCAGAUGAGGAAGUCAAUAAAAGGUUCUUAAGGGACAUUCCGAGUCCCCAAGUUCUUCAGGAAGAGAUGGCCUGGAUGAAGGAGAGACUGUCAAAUUUAGGAUCACCAGUGGUGCUCUGCCACAACGACCUGCUGUGUAAGAAUAUCAUUUAUAACAAGAAGAGAGGUGAUGUGCAGUUCAUAGACUACGAGUACUCCGGGUACAACUACCUGGCUUAUGACAUUGGAAAUCACUUCAACGAAUUUGCAGGAGUAAAUGAGGUAGACUACAGCCUUUAUCCCAACAGAAAAUUACAGGAGCAGUGGCUGAGAUCUUACCUCGAGGCCUACAAAGAAUAUAAAGGAUUUGGCACAGAAGUCAGUGAAAAAGAAGUUGAAGUUCUGUAUGUCCAAGUCAAUCAGUUUGCACUGGCUUCGCACUUCUUUUGGGGAUUGUGGGCUCUGAUUCAAGCCAAAUACUCCACCAUUGAUUUUGAUUUUCUAGGGUAUGCAAUUGUUCGGUUUAACCAGUAUUUCAAAAUGAAACUGGAGGUCAUGACGUUAACCCUUCCUGAGUAAUGAAGAGGAGGACUCUUACCAAGUGGAUGGACAACCCCUGAAACUUUUCUGAGAACAGAUACUGGAAAAAAAGCUAAACAUUUGUUGAAGUGCUGUAAUGCUCACUUGGUGGUUCUUGCUUUAUAAAUAAUGCCUCUAGACAGUCCUUCAAUGUUAAAUUUAUUAUGAAGAACAUACGUACUGCUGUUGAUAUAAAACGGAUUAGAAACUUGCUAAAUCUAUAAAAAGUUGUAGAAAUGGCAAUUUAAUCCUUCUUUGUAAUUUAACAUAUGUUGUACGUGAAUUAUUUAUUAUAUGUUUAACAUGAUUCCGUUGCUGCUUUCAUCAGUUUCUGUUAAAGUUGGGUGCAGACAGUGAAGUUGUUCCAAAGGAUUUGUUCAACAACUUAAUUUAUUGAAGUUGCAUUCACUUAUGCUGAAGAAGACAUGUCAGAGACAGUUGUUCUUUUAGAGGCCUACGAGCAAAAGGAGUGACAGUAGACUUGUGAGAUCUCUAGUGUGGUAUAGCUAGGGAGAAGGGUUAGGAUGAUCUUUGUUUCUCCCUCCACCCCUUUUUUUAAAGGUAGCUUUCCAUACAAUGGUACUUUUCUUUUGCACAAGAAUCAAGCAGCUUGUUGAAAGGAUAAAUAACAUUUUGAUUUUUUUUCAUCUGGAUUGGGCUGUAGAAAUGUUCAAGUUCUGUGACCACAAGAUUCUCUGAGGAUAUUGUACCAACUGCUGGUGAUGGGCCUGCCAUCCCCAACUUCCCUGGGAAAGCUGCUUGUUUAUUACCUGUACUCUUAGAAUCAAAAGACCACUAUUCCAAAUCUCUUCCAUUUUGCAUCUUGAUUCUGGAUUUGAACACCGUUCUGGUGUCUGUAUCUGUUGUGCUCCAGUGGCAGAAUGGACUGUUGGACCUGAGAUAGGAGAGCAGAGGUCCUGUGGCACUGGGGAGCAAGACACAGGCUCAUAGCUCCUGUAUCGAAGACAACUUUCUGCUUUGUCCUCUUCUAACCUUGGACUCUUGAGUCUUAAAUGCCUGGUCCUGUAGUUGUGCAAAUUCUGGUAUGUCUGGUGGUUCUUUUUUUUUUUUUCUGUCAGCAAAUUGCUUUUCAAAGCCUCCAGUUUGAAGGAGAGUGUGGAAAAGUGUAUGACUUUGGAAGUGAGGCUUUGAUCAUCUCACACUUUAUUUCUUAAAGCUAUUAUACCAAGAGUGGUCUGGAUUACAAAAUGUUAACUGAAAACAAAAUGUUUACCUACUGGAGCAAUGCAUAAGUUUGUGUGGAAAAGAGGCUUUAACUGUGAAAGGGAGGGUGGGGUUGGGGCAGGAGAUGGGAAGGAACCCACAGCAGAAAGCUCAAGCCCAGCAAUGCGGUUUGGGGCAGGCAUGAGCUCGACUCUGAUGAUACUCUGACAAACUUUGCACUUUGGUCACAUAAGUGCCCACGUGUACAAAGUCUGUGCAUGUGCACGAGCACGUGCAAACACAAACUUAGCUGGGGAGUCUGUUGUACAGACUCCAGCAAAGAUAUUUAUUCAAAAUUGCUUUAUGGCACCUGGCAGUGUGUGUAUGUGUGUAUAGCAUGUACACAUGUACAUACACGUGUGCUUUACAAAAGCUUGUGAUUCAGGACAAAGACAACUCAUGUGAAUGAAAAAUCUUCACCAAUAAAGACCAUUUCCUAUGGUAUUCUCUUGUUUUACAAAAGCACCAUUUAGGAUUUGUUUUUCCUCUUGUUUAUAUUAAUCUAUGAAUGUUUUCAUUUUGUUUUUAUUCAGUCAAAACCUUAAAAAUCUUUAUACAAAUGGGAGAGCUGGGAUUUUUUUGUAACUUGAAAUGAGGUAACCGUUUUUGUUAGCUGGAGGCUACUAUACUGGACAAACUCUCUUUUGAUUUGAAACAAAUAGCUUAAAUAGACAUUUAUAAUUUACUUUGUAGCAGUUAUCAAGGAUGUUGCUAGAGCUCAUGAAGGCACUGAAGUCCUUAAUCUUCUGUACUUUCUCCCUAUGGACUUUAUUGACAUUUGAUGAAUAAUACCCUGCUGUCUUGUAUUUCCUUUAAGUUCAGCAAGAUGUCCUUGGAACUAAGAUUGCUGAAGAUUUUUAAACUCUUUGUUGCUAUUUUCUUCCAAGCAGCAGCUUUAUUUCUGACAGUGUUGCUUUGUAUUUAUGAAAUACUUUGAAAGAAGGCUGUGAAGUUCAUUUGGUCUUGGGAAAUCCAACAGCUGACAGAUCCCAAGUUUCCCAAUGGCUGGCAAAACACAUUCCCUUUUCAGGUACCAGUACUACUUAGGUUUGGAGUUACUGUAAUUUUUGUCAGUAGUAUUUUGUUUGUAUAGCUCAAGUAGCAAUAACUGCAGGAGUGGAAGUUUGCUUCCGCAGAACCAAAGCUUUUCCUGAGUGCAGCUCAGUCUCAUCCUUGUGCAGUGAAUCCUGUGAAAGCACUUUGAGGCAGGUAGCAAAUAGCCCAAGCUUUUCCUGAGCCACUUUGAAGGAGCACAAGGACCAUCACAGGUUGCAGUGGUUGACUUUGCAGUACUGGUCAAGGCUUUAAGUUUGCACGUUGGAAUUCACUUCAGCACUGCUCUGAAUCUGCUUUCUCUCAAGAGAAGUGCAGGUUAAAUCCAUUUGUGAUCACUCUGAGGAAAUACUGUAAAGCAUCUCCCAAAAUGAAAUGCCAGUUGCCUUGAGCCUUGUUCCACAUCCGUUUGAGCUAGUAGCACUUGGAUAUCCUCAUUUCCUGAGGAAUAUCUACAGGUGCAUUCAGUUGGAAGUAGUAAUUUGCAUUGCAGAUGGUAAGGUAGCUUGAAACUGUGAAUACAGGACAUUCUGAAUGUAAGUUAGGUACUAGAAAACAUGUAAUUGUUUCACUUAAUUUAUCUUGGUCUCUGUAAUAGCAACAUGAACAUAUUGGAAGGAGGACAAAAAAAUGACUGAGCUCUAGAAACAUCCUGUAGUAGUUUUGACUGUGACUUGCCAAGAAGAUACUCUGUUGCCUUUGUUAAGCUAAGGGCAUGAAUGCCAAAAUUAAUAAUUCUUGCUGUAGUUAAAGCUAUAUUGUAAAUAUAAAGAGGAUCAUUAAUCUGGGCAUUCUUGCAGAAAUAGCAUCAAGUCAAUAGACUGUAGUGGCCUGGUUGCUUUUGUAAAGCAGAAUAGUGUGAUUUUUUUUCCUUCUCAUUUCUGCAGUCAGAUCUGGCUAAUCCAGACCUAAUUUCUUAGGUCACUCAAGCACUAAAGGUUUCUGAACGGUCACUAGUCUCCUGUCACAUAAUUUUAAAUACCUUCAUUGACAUUUGUUGAUUUGCUUUUUAAAAGGACGUGAAAUUUGCAUUAACCAGGUCUGACUGUACGUGUAUAUACAACAGUGUAAAUAACCAUUUGUAAAUUAGUGUGAAUUGUACUCUAUCUUGCAUUUAUGGACUUGUGUAUUGCAUUGUAUUCUCUCCUAUUUUGUAGAAAUCUUGUUGUAAAGAAGAAAUCUAACUCUGUGUGCAGACUUCUUUUGUUAAAUUGAUUUAUAACGCAGCAUAAUACUUUCUUGUUAAGAUAUCCAAUUAUAGCCUUGGACACCCAGUGUCUUUUUUCCCCCAUUAGCUUUUUUGAAAUCUUGCUCUUGGGAAUGAUUCUGGGAAUAAAGAGAUUUAUACAGUACUUAGAUUAAGAGAAGAUCUGUUCUAAUAAUAGGGCAAACCAUGUGUCCGAGGUAUAUGCAGUACCAGUGGGAUAGGGAAAGCUGUUAAAGUUGUUUCUUUAAACUUCCAAACAUUUCCUAUACAUUCUUGAAUGCUGUUGACUUCUAAACUGAGCGUGUUGGAUUGAAGCACUCCUGAAGUGUGUGCUCCCAUGGGGACACUGCUUGAGGUAGCUGUGAUAGUCCCUCAAAUGCUUUUGGUGGAUAUAGCCUUCUAAUAGGAUUAGUUGCUAACUUGUAAGUGCUUAUACUGAAUGCCCAAAUCACUCAUAGAGGUCUGUGAAUUAAUUACCUCAACUCUAGAACUAUUGUACCCCUUUAGAGUAUUUAAAACUUAUAGCUGAGAUAUUUUCCCUAUGUGUGAUUCCUUCCCCCUCCACCUUGUGCCCACAAUCCUAUUUCUUUUACUGUAAACAUGAAUCUAAAUCUUCUUUCCCAUACUUGGCUUAUCACUAUUUCCUUUUGGACUAAAAUUACAUUCUGCUUGGUCAGUGCAUGACUUCUCAUCAGAAUUUUUUUUUGUGUAAGAAGUCCCUUUCUGAAGAGGCCUUUAACCUUGGAAACACAGACAUAACAAAGGUUAGUUUUUUCCCUGUGUUUCAUCACUGUUGCCUUUCAUCGUCUGUUGUGAACUCCAUGGUGUCCUUCAAGCUCUCAGUUUAUUCUUCUCACUGGUGUGUUGAAUACCUCGGCUGGAAAAUUCUGGUUUGCAAAUCUUGAUCUCCAUCUGACAAAUUGACCUUGAUGCAGUUUUUACAACCUCUCAGCCUUACCUGUGUGACACUUGAGGUUACAAAGGUCCUGGGAAGUGAGUUUAUCCAAGAAGUGCUAGUCAGGAGGAGGGAUGUGCUAAAACUUUGUUCCAAACCGCAGUGACGCUGUGGUCUCUUGUUCUAGUUAGCAGAGCAGGUUGAGCAUGUCACAUGUGUCUGUGUAUUGGGUGCUUGUAUGUUGCUUGUUUUCAUGUUUUUUUGUUAUUUGUUGUGUGUUAAGAUUGCUAAACUGCUGCACUUGGCAACUGUCUACUGUCAUCUUCCACACCCAGCAGGCUGUAGUCAUGGCAGUGGAGCAGAAAGCAUUUUUUCAGACCUUAAGGGAAAUGCAAGGCUGAUGUGGAGCAGUCUUGCAGAUGAUUUUUCCUCCCUCUAUGACUGUGAGUGGCAAACUAAUUGUUUUCAAUAGCUGUGAAAGAUAGGAAAAACCAAGACCUUUGAGCUUGUGCAGGGUGGAUGUUCUGUUAACCAGACACAGGGGCUCUCAGCAGUGAGAAAUCACACCAUUCCAGACGGAAUGUGUUGGAUUGAACCAGACUUUGUGGCUUAGAGACCUUCAGUGGGAAGGAAAAUGUCUGAAGUGUUUGCACAGGCUGGUUGUAAGGAGGUGCUCCAUCCAAGUGAAGUGCUGAGACACUGGAUAAGGCAUUGUUUUUGUAAAACUUUUUUUUCUUUUUAAGUGACUUUUACAGUUGGUCUGAUCUGCAGAGAUUAUGUAAUUAGAAACCAGUCAACCUGGGGAGAGAGGGAAGAAACUGUUCAAAAAAUAAUUUCUAAAAAAAGGAAGCACCUUUGUAGCUGAUUAGUUUGCAAUGCAUUGUGAUUUGGGCUUUUCUGUGUAUUUAAUAGUGUGGAUGUUGCUCUGCACAGAAUUCUUUCAUGAAGGGUUUUAUUGCUAUUGGGAAAUGUCAGAAAACUUGACUGGCAUGGCCCUGAAGACCACUGGGACCUUAGAUGGCCAGACUUGACCAGAUGACCAAAUUUUUGGUUCAGGCUUUCACACUCUCUUUCUGCAGCCUUCUGAAGUUGUCAAGCUGCUAUCACAGUUUCCCUGUGCUGUGGAAUUCAGUUCAUGGACUUCCCCAAUGUCUUUGAUUUGGUGUUUAUUGAGAGAUGACACAGAGGGAAACUUCAUGGAAAUGAAAAGGAAAGGAAAACAAGUUACUUGAAAUCUAGCAAGCCAACUUUGAUGCUAAAUGCUGACAUAACUUCAGGUGCUGCACCAGCCUAUUUUUGUGGCAUUGCAACUGUGUUUUUCCUCUAUUAAGUGGUUUUGGGUUUUUUCCCCACAUAGAGACCCAUGCAAAAUGCAAAUGAAAGAGACCUUGGAAGAGAAACAUGAAAAAUAUAAUAUAAAAUGGAUAAAAUACAGCAUGAACUGGAGAGAAAGUAUGUGUUUCUAAAUUUUUGGUAGUAGUAAUUCCUAAGUGUUGUCAGAAAAUAAGUGUCCAGCCUUCAGUGUGUGAAAGUUCUUUUAUUUUGUAGCAGAUUUCCAUUUACCAUUUUGUAUCACAGUGUGGUAGUUAAUGCUGCUGCUUUGUACACAAGUGCUUUGGAUAGUCUCAGCAGGGAGAAUGUACCCAGUCUUUGAGGUGUGGCUUCAAGUCAGGGCCGUUGGUUCUGAGCCUCUUCACUAAAACCCCCUGAACACUUGCAGACACAGGGCCACAGCACAUGAGGAAUAUAUUCCAUUUUGUGUCAUUUUCUUUGUUACUGCGGAUUUUUCAGUGUUCUUUUAAACACAAGUCCACUCGUGUCCUGUGAGUAAACUGAGCUCAAUUUAUAAAAGAGCCUUUGUCAUCUCUAGCACUGUCAUCCCCAAAGGAGUCCCCAUGCCUCUUGUAUGUUGUGGUGUUUAGGUGCAUCAUUUAUUCAUUGGAGUGAAUUGUAUUUCUUUUGAGCUAAAUGUGAUUGAAACUAUUCUAAGGCCUUCUACCACUGAUUAAAUGAAGUAAUGUAUCUUUCAAAGAGAUUUAUAUUGUGUAAAUAAUUUGAAAUUGCAACAAUAAAGUUGGUUUCUAAUGGC